AUGGCGGCCUCCAUGGUGGAGCACGGUGAAGAUGCGUUUAGAAAGCUUUUUAAGUUUUAUAAGAGAAGAAGCCCUCCCCCUGAUUUCAUCGAUGUCAUAGAUUUUACAAAGGGUGUAACAAAUGGAAAAGUGCUCAGGACUGAGCUCAGUGCUACAUCGGUGAGUGACACAGCUGCUCGGUGUGCUGGACUGCACCCUGUCCACCACUGGAAGGCCUUUGGCCUGGAGGGGCAUCCAGGGUUUAUUUUCAUCACCAACCCCUUCCUGCCUGGCUCCCAGCAGCACUGGGUCAAGCAGUGCCUGAAAGUGUACCCCCAGAAACCCAACAUCUGCAACCUGGACAUGCACAUGCCCACGUCUGAAACUCAGAACCUCUGGGAACAGAGCAAAGACCAGCUGAGGCGGAAAAGAGCCGGGAAGAGAGAGCCGAAGAGCCUUCUGGAGAAACUCCGCUGGGUGACCCUCGGCUAUCACUAUAACUGGGACACCAAGACGUACUCCCCAGCCCACCACACCCCCUUCCCCUCGGACCUGCACACGCUGGCCGCGCGAGUGGCCACGGCCUGUGGCUUUCCCAGCUUCAGCUCGGAGGCGGGGAUCCUGAACUACUAUCACCUCGAUUCAUCUCUGGGGAUACACGUCGACGAGUCUGAGCUCGACCACUCGCAGCCACUCCUGUCCUUCAGUUUCGGACAGUCGGCCGUCUUCCUUCUUGGCGGGAUGAGGCGCGAGGACCCCGCCACCGCCAUGUUCAUGCACAGCGGCGACAUCAUGGUGAUGUCGGGGCCCAGCAGGCUGCGGUACCACGCUGUGCCACGCAUCGUCGCCGCCAGUCCCGCCGAAGACCCCCUGCCCCCGUGUCUCCUCCCGCGGCUGCAGCCGGACCCGCCGGAAGACUCUGCCGUCGGCCCGGUCUCUCGGGAGGACUGGGAAGUGUGCGCGGGGUACAUCCGGAGCUCGCGAGUCAACGUGACGGUGAGGCAGGUCCUGGAGGCUGGGGGGGUCUUUCCUGGGGACCGCGGUGGCGGCGGCGGCGCUGUGACGUCUGGGGGAGCCUCAGGGAGAGAAAGAGACUUGAAAAGGAAAAAGAGUCACUAUGGGGAUUUUUAACAGACGUUCAGGCGGUUCUGUCCAGAGAUGUUCUUCUCCCGCGAGAAGAUAGACUGCGCUCAAAAACUGCACUGCGUCCCUUAGUCCUCUCACACUGCUGUUAUACAGAGGAUCUUUACGGUGCAAUUCAGUUGUAAGGAAAUCGUACAUCUAAGAAAAGGGUUAUUUAAUGUGUGUAGAUUAAAUUAAUUUUGCUGUGCUACUGUGCACCUGAGCUGGAUUUGGACAGGAAGGAGGUACUGAAUGUGAAUUGAUGCAUAUUCUGUGUUCCCAGUGACAGUGUAAAGAUACACGAAACAAGAUCGCAGUUAGGGGAUCUCAGGGGGUGUAGUCGAAUGUACUGCAAAUAUCAGGUUCAGGCUGAGGAUCAGCCCAGACACUCCCAUCUUUGGCAUGUUGUUGAUCUGUCCAACUAAACAAACAGGCUAAGUUCAUUCACCACUUGUGUCGAUCAUUUUAAGCUCCUACCACCACCAUUGUGCAGAGAAGACGAAGUAGCUUCUAUUUGCAUAAUGAUCAAAUGGCUGUUAAGCUAAUUUCCUCCCGAUGCUGUGAGUGGUUUUUAUUCUGUUGCGCAGGAUGAAUUGGGUGUCCCCUGGGGUUUAUCCAUCUCAGAGAAUGAUCCCCCCACCUCCUCCCUGCACUGCAUUUACUCUGAAUUAAAGAUCAUAUCUGAUUUCUUUUUGUUGCAAUGUCAUUAUGUAUUUAAAAUAAUCUAAUUCCUGACUGAGGACUCACUGUGUUUUGUAGUCCCUGACUUUUUCAUUUAAAUAAAAAAGCCAAAGGAGUUUAAGGAGGCAUAAAUCUCCUAAGUUGUUUAGAAGCAGUAGGUUUAUUUAAAUAUUCUUCCUAUCCUUGCUGGAGGCAAAAUAAGGCUGGGAUGUUUUGGUCUGUCCUCAUUUGUAAUGUUCACAGUGUGGUCCUAUGACAUAUCACUAGGUUGUUGUUUGUGUUUACUGUAAGCCUCAGAUUUGUUUUUUUCCCCCAAAAUAUUCAAAUUGGUGUUUAAAUUUUCUUUUUUUCUUUAACCACAUAACUGAAAUGCUUGUUUGUCAAGCCAGGCUAUUAACAGAAAAAUAAUCAGAACUUUUAUAGCACUAGAAUUUGUUUAACACAUGGGUCAUGACUUUCAUUUUUCUGAUAUAAGGCUGCGUACCUGCUGUAUUACUUACAUCUGAAAGGGACUUGAAUAUUUAGCAUUGGCCUUACAAAAUGACACCUGCUGACCUUUAGAACAUUUUCCCCUUGACACAUGCAUGAACGUGUAAUAUCAUUUCCCAUUUCUCAGGUUAAAUUUGUAGCCUCUUUUUGCAUUACUAUUAUUAUGUAAUGCGUAAAUGAUCUAGAAGGAACCCUAGUGCUUCAUAUGUAAGUGCUUAAUUAAGUAGAAAAUAAUGUUCUUGACAGCAGAAAGUCAUGCAGGAAGCGGCAUCACUGGAAUGAGGAGCGAAAACAAAUCAGUACUGUGUCUCUUGUGAUUGCAUUUCCCGGUCUGAAAUUCACCUAAAGGUGAAAGUGAAUGUAAGUAAAGUAGUUAGAAUAGAUACAUUUCAAUUACUGCAAAGCUGAACUUGCAACUGUAUAGUUGUAGCCACUCUAUGGUUGGUUUAGGACUUUGUGUUUGAUCAGUGGAGUGUUGCAUAUUAUAUAUAUAUUUCAAAGCCUGCACUUCUUGUUUUACUCCUACAUUUAGCUGUUUUGAUUGUUAAACUCUCUAUGACUGCCCCCUAGUGGACACAUUGGAGUUCGCCGUUGUGUGAACGAGGCAUAAUCACAAUUUCCUUUCCGUCCAAUUUAUUGUUUUAUCUCCUCGAGCUUACAGCAACAGUUUGGUUUGUCUUUCUUUUGCGUCUUUUGUCUUUUUUUCUUUUGUCUUUCUUUUGCAUCUCUUUCUCUCUCCUUUCUUUGCUAAAAACAGGCCAGUUUGUACCAAAUAUUGUUGCUUUGUGUGAAAGUAUCAGUGAAACGUGACAGAUGACGCUGCACUGCACGAGUCUGUGAGGACACCUCGCGAGGGUCUGGUAGUGGUGCCAGUGUAAGUGCAGGCUGCUCCCCAUUUUCACUAGACUUUCACUGUCAUCCUGCCGGGUUAAAGGAAGACCACAUCUUGCAGAGUGGGGCUGUGUUCCAUGUGUCUGUCUGGGCUCAGUUGGAGAAUCCACCAGUAUGGUCACUUUGGUCUUUGGUAACCCCACUCACAUCAGUUCCAUUGACAGACUGAUAGGCAGGAGAAUCAGUACAACCGUUUAAGGAUGACUUGACAAAUAGGCACACUGUUGGCCCCAGUGACUCUGGGUUUAAUGCUGCUGCAUUAAAGAGAGAUGCAGGAUCAUUGGAGAGGGACAGCGUGUGUGAUAACCCACAUUCUCCAUAUUUCCCAUCAUGGUUCUUGGGGAAACCGGAAGCAGACUAAUUUGUCUAUUUGAGCUCAACAUCACGGUGAAGAUAAACAGAUGACACCUUGAAAAAAUGUCUCAUCUCUUGGCAGUUUAAAAAUAGGAGCUGUCAGAAUAAAAUAAGGCUAUAAUUUUAUUUUUGUUUACUGCCUGUACCAGUUAAUUACCCCUGGGAAUCAUUUUCAAACAGACAAUAUUGAUUUAAAAGUGAAUACACUUUUAAAGUCCAAUUCUAAUUUAACUGUAUGCCUUGGGGAAGCCUUAAUAAUUCCAAAAAGGUGCAUUAAAAAAACAAAAAAUUGCAUCAAAUAUGAAGAAUAAAAAAUAACUUAUUAACAACCUAUUGUAACAAACCAGAUCAGUUCAGAUACAACUGGAUAAAGCUGGUUUAUGUCACUCUGGUGUAAUGGUGUUGCCUAACUCUCAUUUCAUGAAUCAUUUCUCAGAACAAAAAAAUGAUACAUUUACUAGGAUUUUGUACUUUUUCAAAUGGCGAAUUUGCUCUUUCUCUGCUUUUCUAAGUCGCUGUAACAUUAUGCCUGUCUGAAAUGGCAGUUUUGUAACACUGCAGAUGAAUGAUCUGUUCUGAUUAAAAAGGCAGAAUUCUGAGCUUUUAACAAACAUAUCACACCACGAUUUGGUGUUGUGCUUCAGGUGUUAAGUAAUACUGCCAUGUGCUGUUAUUUUCUCUUCUGACUUUAACUAGAACUGACCUUUUCUUAAAGGCCAAGGAUAUUGUGUAAAAUGUUUAUAAUCUGAUCAGCCGAUGUCAGACAUUUCAAACUCACAAUUGCAUCACUGUUGACAGCACGUGCAGGAAACAGCCUGAAACAGGUGUCAGAAAGGCUGUUCCUCAGGGAAUGCCGCACUGUUUUUUUUUUGGGAUCAUAGGUUUAAUAACCAGCAAAGCCUUUGGUAGCUUGAGGGAAUAAAUGGGAAAGGAGUGAGACCCCUUGAAAUCCUUGGAGUGUGAAUAAAACAAGACUUUAAAGAUGAA